AUGUACGGUUUUGUCUUUGGCCUCGUGGCCCUGACACUGGGCCUGCUGCUUACAAUCGGAAAAUGGACCCUCGACUAUUUCCGCGACCCCAAAGGUCUCCGCCGAUACCCCAACAUGUCCCUCUUCUCAGGCAUCAGCAGUCUUCCCUUCAUGCUGGUUUCCUAUUCUGGGUUCCGCUCACAAUACAUGCUCGACCUGCACCGCAAAACUGGACAUUCGAUCAUCCGCACAGGGCCUAGUACCCUGCAUUUCUCCGACCUGCGGGCCAUUAAGGAUGUCUAUGGCCACUCGACGAAAUGCACGAAAGAUGGAAACUACGAAAUCCAGGCCGGAACCCAUUUCCAUCUCGCCGACGUCGUGGACAAGCCCGAACACGCACGGAAACGAAAGGUCUUGUCGUCGGCGUACGCGUUGAAGAACCUGGAAGAAUGGGAAUUCAAAGUCGCCGAUAAAGUCGAACGGCUCAUUGCGCAGUUCGACAAACGCGCAGAUGGGGAGACAGUAAUCGACUAUCGGCCCUGGACGAACUUCUUCACCAUCGACGCUAUUGCAGAUAUAGGACUUACGCACCGCAUGAACCUACUGGACAAUGCCAGUGGCAAGACGACCGGUAUGAGACCUGAUGGAACGCUGUACGAAUGUGAUUUCCGCCAGUGUCUCUAUGCGAAUUCGAGAGCGACGAGCGUGAUGAGCUAUUGUUAUGACUACUACAAAGAAGUCUGCAAGCUGAGCAAAUUGUCGCCGUACUUCAACCGACUGUGGCAGUUGAACAAUGACUGGGAUGGGAUUCCAAGGUAUCUCGCUGCGGAGCGAUUGAAGCGAUACCAGGCCGGAGAGAAACUCGAUGAUUUCUUUCAAGCCUUGAUGGAGGAUCGCAAUGGCUCGCCGAACAAUCUCGAAUGGGGCGAGGCUGUUGCGGAGGUGACGAUUAUGAUGAACGCAGGCAGCACCACGACGGCAAUCUCGAUGGCCAACGUCCUGUACCAGCUCCUCAAACAUCCACACGUCAUGGAAAAACUGCGAAAAGAAGUUGACGAGACCCUCGAUGAGGAUGAAGAAGUUGCACCCUACGAGAAGGUCAAAUACCUCCCCUACCUGCGCGCAUGCCUGGACGAAUCCCUCCGUCUGUUUCCCCCAAUCUCUCACGGUCUGACUCGUGCCACACCGGCGGAAGGCCAAGAAGUCUGUGGAGAAUACAUCGCCGGCGGCACUACAGUCAACAUCAGCUCCUACAUCGCCCAUCGCGACGAGAAGGUCUUCCCGGAUCCAGAAUCGUAUAUCCCGGAACGCUGGCUUGGCGAGGCGGGCAAGGAUCUGGGCCCUUACUUCAUCGCUUUCUCUGCUGGUGCGAGGGGUUGUAUUGGGCGCAACAUCGCCUAUCUGGAGCAGACAGUGCUGUUGGCGAGUAUGGUGCAUCGGUAUGAGAUUGAGCUGGCGGACCCCAAGUUCGAAGUUGGUCGGUACGAGUGGCAGAAUCUGCAUUUGACUGAGCUACCGGUUAAGAUCCGAAGGCGUCAGAAAGCUGUUGUGGAGGAAGUUGCCUGA